GCAGAUUGGACGGGUACUGUCGUACAGCGCCACGAUGCCAUGCAUGCGAACCGAUUGGACGAGAGAAGUGGAACUGUACAGCAAACUACCCAAAGCUACCGCAACACCGAAGGAGGGCAACUCUGCAGGGGUUACAACGUUGUCAAUCAGCUGAAUUCGGAUGUCACGAUGAGUCACAUGUUCACUAUUUCGGACAACGAAUCAGAGACCUCCGAUGAUGGCGCAGACGGCAACCAGCCGGCAACCAACCAGGACAACCCAGGAGAAGGAGCCGUGCCAGACAUCGUACUAACAGGGCCGGAGCUGGAGCGGCUGCGGUCGCGCUCGGUGUCCCAGGCCUCCAGCCAGGGGGAGGAGGCGGAGCCGCAGGAGGAGGUGUUCGAGGAGGGCGAGGACGGCCGGAGGCUCCGCUCGCGGUCCUGGUCAGCGCCCGGCGCGCUGGCGGCCAAACGCUACGGCCGACAGCUGAGGCGCAUGAGCGACGAGUUCGACACCUUCCUGGACAAAGAGGCGAUGAAGAAGGUGCACAGUGCAAAGAUGCGAACCUCCCUAAGCUGGUUUUCCUUCUGGAAACGCAAGGAGACAGACACCGACCUCAACAACGGCGAGGACAGCAGAUCUGCAGAGUGAUGGAGGGAGGAAAGGAGGACAGGAGGAAGGGAGGAAGGGAGGGAGCUGAGGGAGGGACUGCUCCAGAGACUGCAACUCAGCACCAGCUAGUUUGGUGCACAAUAAGAUGGGGGGGGUUAACCAGCACCCCAAGUCCCAGGUUGACCACUGACUGUUCUUUAGCAUCUGCGUUAAAACAGCACUAUGCAAAAAAAGAAUUAUAGUGAAAAAGUCAAGGUUAUGGCUUUCAGAGUGAAUGGAUUUAUUUCAAAUAAAAUAAAAUAUACUGCUGUUAUAUUUAUGGCGGCACUCAAAUAUUUGUUUUUAAACCAACAGCUUUAAAAAAAAAAAAAGAAAAAAGAAGAACAAUCUUGUUCAGUGACAAUCUGUCCAAGGCUAAUGGGAUGGCACAAAUAUUUCCCCAAAAAUCUCCCAACUUUUUAUAUAUGGAAAAAAUUGUUAAGAACUGUGUGAUAGGAUAUUGCUUGAGAAGAGUGCCUAAAAAUAAACGGGUUGUGGAACGUACAUUUUCCGUACAUCGAGUGGUUGAGGCCUCAAAAUGUAAAUAAAUUGUUGAUACUUUUAAUGAAUUGUUGGGGGAAAACUAGUGAUGCCUUCUGUACUUUGAAAGGAAACUGUAAUUGUCCUUAUCUGUGUACACAUGUCUUUUCUUAACCUAUGAAACUUGUAGAAGACUCUGGUCACAGGAAGUGUGGAUCCAUUUUGAUGUCACAGGUGCAACUGACCAGCAUUCCCAUUACUGAUGCAGACUGCGUGCCACUAGAACAUAUAGUUGCUUAUACUUUUAGAUGAGGUUCAGUUAAGUUUAAUCUACAUUCAGCCUUAUCUCUGAUUAACACGGUUGGGGAUGGUUUACUGCCACCCACACCACCCCCACCCCCACCCCCCAUCACUGUCAGUUGACAACACUGUAUUUGCUUUCAAACAUUGGCUGUGUAAUUGGGGGUACAUUGGCUGUGUAAUUGCAGGAUGCAAGUUAUCCUUAAAAAUUGAUAUUCAAAGUUCAGGCCAAGUCUGUAAGGUGGGAGGAUUGGUUGCCCUAGAUCUUGACAUUGGGGUUCCCACAUAAUCAUACAGGAGGUGGGCACCCCCAAAAAGGAUCCAACAUGACGUGUGACACAAGUCUUGCUCUUAUCACUGAUAUUACUUGAAACUGGUGUGUAUGGGACUAAAAUCUUUAAAACCUAUGCUUUUUAAAAACUUUUGUAAGUGAAUUUUCUUUAUUGGUGUGUGGAAAAAUAAACACAUUUCUAACUGUUAA